AUGCAUCAGGGUUGGCUGUUCUCGUUGGUGCAGUGUGUUCUGUCUGUGUCCGUGAUCAGCAUGAAUGUCAGGUUGUGUAUGCGUUUGGAUUCAGGCGGCCAUGCAAAGAGUGUUUCCUCUUGCCUGAAGCUGUGUUUGGGCUGGGUGGGAGCCAUCGGGGGUGUCAUGGACAUUCCCAUUAACAUGUUAUUGAACCUGAGGAGCACUCAGUGCCUGUACACAUGCAUCAUUCUGGUGUGCUUCCCACUUCUGAUCAGACAGUUCAGUAUGUGGCUGCUGCUGCUUCUCAUCCUCAACACACACCUACAUUGCCGACUAGGACACAGGUAUGCAGGUUUGGUAACACGUCGAUGGAUGCUGUGCCUGGUGCUCCUCAGCUGGCUCUGCUCGGUUGUAACUGCCUUUGCACAGUUCAUUGUAUGCAACUCACUGGACACUUGGGGAACGGAUGGGCUGGGAUUCAUCUGGCCCAAUCAGACUACACUUAGGCCACACCCUCAUACCCCAUCGGUGAUUGGCAAGUACCUUCCUUAUGGCGGAUUCCUGUCCAAGUUCCUGGUGGAGGACCUGAACAACUUCACCUAUGCAGAGAUUCACAGCAGCCACUGGGGCGUCUGUGCUCAUGACACUGUCCUUAGUCCAGCCUUUCUGGUCUAUGUCUAUGAUGUUGCUGUGUUUUACAUUCCUCUACUUAUCCUGCUAGGUGUAUAUAUAGAUCUUAGCUGUGUGAUGUCACGACAGGCUGUAAUGAGUCUCUCCGAGCUCCAGAUGAAAACCUCAGGCUGGUCUCGCUCUAUGGUUCUGUCCUUGUGUCUCUUGGUUCUCCUGUGCCUACCCCUUCACACCAUCCAUGCAUUGCAUCUCUUUGCCCCCAGCAGCCAAUGGCCUCUUUGGGCAAAUUAUGUUGCUUCCAUGUUAUUCCAGGCUUAUGGUUUGGUUCCUCCAGUCCUUUUCAUUUCAUCUCCUCAAAAAACAAAUACUGGUAGUGAAUCUCUGGCUCUAAAAACAGCUACCUCACAGCUGAAGUCUAUUCCCCCAACACCCUCAGAGUUCUGUUCACCAGAGCCAAUGCCAAAAGGCAAAACAUGUCUAGGGGUGUGA